AUGUGCGUAGGAAUCGUUCUGCUAGCUCCCGCCCUCACUCCGGCCGAUGCCAUGUACGCCACGUCCGCCGACCUGAACCGCGAGGGAACGUGCUACCGCGGCCAGUUCGACUACGGCGAGAGUUCGGAUUUCGACUUCGGCAUGGUAGCGCAGGUGCCUUCGGGCGAUUUCAACAGCGGAAAGGGCUGCGGAAGGUGCUAUGAAGUUUCCUGCAUGAACCACCCGAGCUGCUUGCAGGGAAGCGUGCUGGUGCGAGCGGUCGGCCAGAACGGCGAUUUCAACCUCAACUUCACCGCGUGGGACAGAAUCGUCGGCGACCGGGCCGCGGGGCGCGUGGAGAUCGACUACCGCAGCGUGGACUGCCCUAGCAACGGCGGACUGAAGGUCAGACUAGUCGACGAUAGCAACUCGUACAACUUCGCGCUUCAGAUUCUCGGAGCGGCGGGGAGCGGAGGCGUGGAGAACGUUGAGCUGUCGAACGACGGGUCGCAGUGGGCGAGCAUGACGACGUACGGAUGGGGCGCCACGUGGGUGCUCAAUCCCGCCAAGGACGUCGUCGACGCGGGGCGCCCCGUGAGCGUGCGCGUGACAGGCGGCGGACAGCAGGUGGUGCUGCAAGACGUCGGCGGCCUGCUGUGCGUGGGAAUCGUCCUGCUCGCUCUCGCCCUCUCUCCUGCCGAUGCCAUCCAGGCCACACUUGGCGAUCUGAACCGCGAGGGCACGUGCUACUGGGGCCAAUUCAGCUACGCCGACAGUCCCUAUUUCGACAAGGGCAUGGUCGCGCAGGUGCCUGCGAGCAAUUUCAACAGCGGCAAAGGCUGCGGGACGUGUUACCAAGUUACAUGCAAGAACAGCCCGAGCUGCACGAAGGGCAGCGUGAUGGUUCGAGCGGUCGGCCAGAGCGGCAUUUUCAACCUCAACUUUCCCGCGUGGGACAAAAUCGUCAAGGACCGUAACGUGGGUAACGUGGAGAUCGAUUACCGCAGCGUGGACUGCCCUAGCAGCCGCACCAUGGCGGUUCGUAUCGAGAACAACAGCAACGUCUACAAUUUCGUCGUCCAGAUUCUGGGCGCGGCGAAGAGCGGAGGCGUGGAGAAGGUGGAGAUAUCGAACGACGGGAAGCAGUGGAAAGGCAUGACGAACAACGGAUGGGGCGCCACGUGGACGCUGAAUCCCGCCAAGGACGUCGUGGAUAAGGGGCGCAAGGUGAGCGUGCGCGUGACGGCCGUGGGCGGCGGGCAGCAGGUUGUGCUGGACGGCGUGAUUCCGAGCAAGUGGAGCGCGGGGAAGACGUACGAGAGCGGCACCAACUUCUAA